CGUUUCAUUACGGAAUGUUUUUGUUGAUGCACGUGCAUCCUGCUGGCGGCUGCUGUUGAGGAAAAGAAAAAGACACUCAGCGGGACUCCUGGUGUUCUGUAAACAAUUAUCUACAUGUGUAGCGAAACAACCGCCUGGAAAUUGUCGCUGGAAGUCUGGUAUUGAAGAAGAAGGACCCUGUAACUUCAUUUUGGGUAAACAUGGUUGACUGGAGUCCUAUUGCGAAGGCGUAUGAUCCGUUGAAAGCGGGCAGUAUCGACGGCACGGACGUUGAGCCCCAUGACCGGGCGGUAUGGAGGGCUAUGGGUGCCCGGUAUAAACCCAACAAAGGUGUUGUUGGAGACCCACUGCUCACGCUUUUUGUGUCCCGUCUGAACCCUCAAACAACAGAGGACAAACUACACCAAGUGUUUUCCAAGUACGGAGAGAUCCAGCGACUCCGACUGAUCCGGGAUAUCGUCACGGGCUUCUCUAAAAGAUAUGCUUUCAUUGAAUAUAAGGAGGAGCGGUCUGUUGUCCGGGCCCGCCGGGACGCUAACAAGCUGGUGGUGGACCAGCACGAAGUGUUUGUGGAUUUUGAACAGGAGAGGACCCUCAAAGGAUGGGUCCCCAGACGGCUCGGCGGCGGGCAAGGAGGGAAGAAGGAGUCCGGCCAGCUGCGGUUUGGCGGCAGGGACAGGCCUUUCCGUAAACCCAUUAACCUCGGUGUCGGUCCAAUGAAGGAACGAGGGGGUGGAGGGAGGGAGUGGGACAGACUAGGGGCAAGAGACAGAGAAGACCGAGACCGAUAUAGAGAGACUGAGUGGGACAGCAGAGGGAGGAGGGAUGACCGGGACUGGGGCAGAGAGAAGGAUGACCGUCGCCACAGAGACAGGAGCAGGCACCGGGACAGAAGAUGAAGCCUUACAAAACCUGGAUCUCACCUGGUUCAAAUGAAGCCUUUGUGACAGAUGCUGUGAUGUAGAUAAUCCAAGUGCUUUCCUCCACUGACACAUUUUAAGGCGAGUGGGCAGUGAAGGAAAUGUGACUGCUAGGGCAUCUGGUUUGCACACACGGGACUAUGGAGAUAAGCAUGUCGAUGAACAGAUGACCUUAAUGGUAACUUGAUAUCAGUUUGGGUUUGGAAUGAUAAGUUUCCUGGUUGUUUUUCAGAUUGUUCUGCAAGGUAAUGGCACGACAACCUGGAGCAGCCAUUUAUUUCAGCCGCUCUUCAAGUAUUCCAUUAUUUCUCAGGGAGAGCUGAUGCUUUUGUAGUGUAACUUGAUCAUAACAUCAGUUUACUAGUUCACCAUAAUAAUAACACAAAAAAAAUCAUAUACUUUUGUUUACAGUAUUGAUGUUGUCCAACCACAUGAUGCCCUGCAAGCAGUGAGUGACACAAGCUAAAUCUUCAGCUCAAUAAGCAGAAUGCUGUUAUUUUUAUUACAAAUCUAUGACAUACCUGUUUUGAAAUCUGAGGCAUCUGUAUUGGAGUGUUGAAAUAAAAUGUCAUAUCUUUUGUUUUACAUA